AUGAUCGAGACCAAGACACAGCGUCAAAAAGCUCGUCGGGCCAAGAUCCGCGCCGCGUUGCAGCGCUUCGGCUUCUCGACAUUGCGAGGACUUCAAGGUGCUGCACUGAGACGCGUUCUGUCUGGAAAAGACACGUUGCUACUCAUGCCCACAGGUGGCGGCAAGUCGCUAUGUUACCAGCUACCAGCGCUGCUUCUGCCUGGCCUUGUGAUAGUUGUUUGUCCUUUAUUGUCUCUGAUGCAGGAUCAAGUGGCUGCACUGCGUAGAAAAGGCAUUGGAGUAGAGAUACUGUCGUCCUUAGUACCUCAACAACAGCAAGAACAAAUUGCUGCUCGGUUGUUGGAGCAAUUCCCGACCAAGACGUCAAGAAUCGAUACUGAGCUUGUCGAAAUGAUCUACACGACACCUGAGACGCUGCAUGGAGAACGGAUGCAGCUCUUACUGCAACAGCUGGAUAAACGAGGUGGACUCGCUCUGUUUGCAAUUGAUGAAGCGCACUGUAUCAGCUCCUGGGGACACGACUUCCGGCCGACAUAUCGAAAUUUGGGAAAGUUGAGAAAGCGGUUUCCUAGCGUCCCGAUGAUUGCUGUCACUGCUACAGCUGCUGAAGGUGUGCGAGAUGACAUCACUCGACAGUUGAACUUUGCUUCCGAUGGGUCUGAUAUGCUCUCGGCGGAUUUGAACCGCGCCAACAUCUCGUACUCAGUCGUUGACAAGGAACUGCUGGCUGAUCCGGUAGGUGCUCUCAGUCGCUAUAUCAUGAAAAACCAUGCCAAGACGUGUGGAAUCGUGUACGUCCAUAAGCGGAGCGAUACAGAUGACCUUGUGCUUUCGUUGCAAAAGAAGAAUCCAACUCUGCGAAUUGCUGCAUUUCACGCAAAAGUGCCACCGAAAAUGCGAGAAGAGACGUUGCAAAAGUGGUUAUGUGGAGAAAUACGAAUCGUGUGUGCGACGAUCGCGUUUGGAAUGGGUAUCGAUCACCCGCGAGUCCGCUUUGUUGUGCAUUGGAAUAUCCCGAAAACACUAGAAAACUUUUAUCAAGAAUCGGGUCGUGCAGGCCGAGAUGGAGAACCAAGUCAAAGCGUGUUGUUGUACUCUGCACGUAAUUUUGACUUGUUUCGCUUCUUACUGGAGAAGGAAGCUUCAAAGGCGGACAACACUCGGCCAUUAGCGAACUCUACCGACCAGAAAACGCCUCGUUUAAGGAAAGCCGACACCCUUGUGCAUGCUGUGAAGCUUCUAGAACAUGUCAAGACGUUUGCUAGAAAGAAAGAGUGUCGACGUCAGGCGUUAUUGCGGUAUUUUGGUGAGAAGAUGGCAGUAUCAGAUUGCAAAGGGACGUGUGACGUCUGCAAUCCGCGGCUCAAUUUGUUUCGUUUCGAAGAGAAGUCGAUCGUCAAUAAACGGAUUGAGGGGUUUUGUCGGCAGUCGGUCAAAGCCAUGAAAACCAAGAAGACUUUCAGCCAGAAGAAAAUGCGGACAAGCGAUAUGCGACGUAACAACUUAUUGUUUGGGCAGAGCGGGUCUUAUGCCCCCGAAGAAACCAAGGCCGUAGUAGUUCGAGAUGGAAACAAACACGCUCUUGCAGCCGACGGGUUUGUCGCUGUCAAUGGCGAUAUGAGCUCUGAAGAGGAAGAAUAUUCCGACAAUGAAGCGUCAAUGGUUGUGACUGCACUUCACUCGAAGCAAACAAGUUUAAAUGAAAAGCUGGACGCGCUGGAGCGAGCUGAACGUGUCAAAUCAUUACAUGAAGAUAGGGACUGGAAGCGACAAAAGACUUUGCGAGCAUGGGAAUGA